AACACGAUCCAUUAAUAGUAAUAUGCUGCUCCAUUCUCGUGAAAACACGAUCCGUCGCUCUGAUCGGCUCCCUUUCCUUCAGCGGCGAUCAUGCGCUCCAUCGGUGCCCCUUCCGGCAACCAUCGACACAUGCCGCCCCUCCCUACCCAUUCGCCGUCACUGCCGCCGCCGCCGCCACCGGUACCUCCACCGCUUCCGAACUCCUCGAGCUCCUCUACCCUCUCGGCGUGGGCUCCCCCUUUCACCUUUGACCAUGUCUUCCCCGCCCCUCCGCCGCCCGCACAUCACCCUUCUGUCCCUCCACAGGCUCUCCUCGUCUCAGAUCGCCCCUCCUCCUCCCGGUUGCCUUCGCACAACUCCGCAGCAGUCUCGCUCCGAUCACAGCCCAGAACCGGCGCCCUCGGCGUCGGUGACCCCUACUACGCCCACUACUAUCCUAGCUCGCAGCUGCGGGCUCUCGAUGAUUCUUUCGGACCCUCUUCGGCCUUCUCUGAACUUGGACCUGGCCCGUGGAACAAGCCGUUCGAUGAGGAGGUAGGGCAUGCGAAGCUCUCUGAUACGGCACCGACAUGGAGGGAAUCACCUUUUAGCUACACGGCGCCAUCUUUCCAGGAAGAACUUGUAGCUGAUGGCAAUGUCUAUUCUGACAAGGAUUCUUAUGGUGUUUGGAAUGGAAAAUUUGCUGAUUCAACGACAGGGAAAAAAAAAUACUUUGGAUCUCAACAUUCUGAAUGGCUACAGGAUAACCACCCAGAGAACUAUGAACAAGACAUGGGGUCAUCUUAUUCCAUUUUCAAUGCUCCAAUCUCAACACCAAGUGCUUUACUCAAUGGAAUACAUCGUUCUGCAACAAUUGGCUCAACAUCUAGGAUAGGAUCACAUGAUAUUUCUGUUUCAAACUCUACAUACAACCGUUACAUGGCACAACUUGAUUCAUGUUCAGCAGAUCCACUGAUUUUCCAUCCAUCUGCAACAUCUUCAACUUCAAUUGAAGUCCACGGUCUGUCAAACUUAAAAACUAGUACAAACAUCAACUCUACUUUGUCACCUGCGAAGGUUCAUCAUGCAGGUUCCUAUAAGAUCAAAGGGCCAUCUGUUGUAGUUUCUAGCUCGAAGGAAGUUAAUCUCAAUCAAAACUUGUCAAGCAAAGGGGGAUAUGAUGCAAAGAUAUGCAUUGAUCACAGCACAAAUUCUUUCAUGCCACCUGUAGUUUCAGGAGAAUACCCUCCUUCCAGUAAUAAUCAAGCUACAGAAAGCCUGUUAAAUCUUUCUUCCAUGUUGAGUUCUGAAUCGAGGCUAGGAAAUAUCGUGAUUGCUGAUGCUUCAUCUAGGAGCAGAUCCUUGGAACCAGAUAACUCCAUCAAGAGUUCUUCAGAAGCAGUCGAUCAACAUAAUCUUGCUGUUGACUCACCAUGUUGGAAAGGAGCUCCAUCAUCACGGCAGUCACCAUUUAGUGUUAAUGAGAUGCUAGCUGCUGAGAUCAAGGAUUCAAACAAGAACGAUCCAUGUGUUUAUCAAAAAACAAUUCUGGAAGGCAUCGGAAACUCAAAACAGUCUGCAGAACAAGUUGGAAAUUUGAAUUUUGGUGAAAUUGAGAAAAGUUAUUUAUCUGAAAGGCCAGACCCAGAAGACUCAGCAGUUGCUUCUUCAAGCAUACAACAGAAAACUGAGGGUGCAUAUAAAAAACUGUCUAAUUAUAUAAAACAUCAUGAAAAUGAGAUUUUAUCUGACACUGCUUGCGGGCAACAAAUAAAUGCGACAAUUGAAGCUGAGAAAAGAGAUGAGGCACAGAAUAUUUCUGAUGCAAAAUCAGUUGAAACAGAAAGUAAUACUGGACAUGAAUUCCCACAAGCGAAGGGGAUUGUUGAUAACAUCAAAGAUUCAUGCUCUGCAAGACAGAAAAGCAUCAAGGAUCUUGUUAAGUCAAUACAUAGUUAUUCAGUAGAACUAUUGUCUACCAACUUUAAUGACAGAGAAGAAUUGGAAGCUCAUGAUUGCAGACUUCUCUACUCAGCGAUUAGCAAUAUUAAGCUCCUCCUCAAAGACAAAAAGGAUCUAGUUGGUUUUAAUCAUUGUUCAUGUCUAGAGCCUGCUGGUUCUUGCAAUAUUUCUGAAAAUACUAGACUAAAGGAGAAGAACCAUAAUUGCAACAUGAAGGGAAAGACAAUCUCUGUUGGAUGCAAUUGUUUGAAUGACGAGUUUAACAAUUUUGUCAUCAAAUGCAGUGAUGCAGAUCUUAAGAAAGUCAAUAGCAACACUCAGAUUUUUGAGAAUGCAUUGUCCGAAACUUUUUGCGAGAGGGAAGAAAAUGAAGGGACAUUGUUUUACAAAAAUCUCUGGAUACAAGCAGAAGUUAUGACAUGUCGACUGAAACAAAAACUUCUACUUGCUCAAAUGAAGAUGGAAUCAGAAAACUCAAAGCCUCCACGAUCUGACAUAUCUUCAAGCCUGCCUUCUCAAACUAACCACGAGGAGCAUAAUUUGCCCUCGAAACUCAAAGAUAUGGAAAGCAUAAGGAAACGAGAAAGUCUUCCUGGUGGAUCGGCAAACUGCCAGUUGAAGCAGGCUGAUGAUAUGGAAUCAUCUGCCAUGGCUCGGUUCAAAAUUCUGAAGGAUCGGAUGCGGAACAUCAGCUCUACUUCCAGAAGAAUGGAGGAGGAUUGCAUUCUCGACCUCCAGGAAUUUGCAAUGCACUCAGGUGCCAAUACAAACAUUGGCGACUCUCCGGACACUGAAAAUGAUUCUGAUAUGUAUGAUCUUCCCAUUAAUCUAACUGAUCUCGGUUUUAUGGAGCCGGUUGCAGAAGCACCUAUCAGUUGGUCAUUCUUCCGGGCCAUACCUCAUACUCAGCCUCUUUCCGCAACAACUGACGAAGCAGAUGGCACUUCAAAUGGAAAUGCCAGGCAAAUGGCUCCUGGCCCCUUGUAUGGUUCACUGAUCCAGUCCUACAUGACAUCCAAGGAAGGGAGUUGGCCAAGUACCAGACACGUUUGGUUCGGAAUUAUCCUUGAUAAUCUUGGUUAUCCAUCCAAGGUUAUCAAGGAUAAUCUUGUUUGGGUUAACAAAAAUUUUAAGACAAAAUUAUCCGAUGUUGAGGUGUACGAGUUCGUGUUUGCCUUGCCGUCAUCGUCGUUGGAGGCCAUCGAGAGCGCUUCGAUCGAGAGCAUCGGACCGGUGGCUGGCGCGUGUGUGGAGGCGCUUGGGGCGUCGCCCUCGGAGUUGAAACGGGCGACGGCGACGGGGAUACAGCUCUUGACGAAGCACCGGUCGGACUUCCGUGCGCUGAUCGGGGCAUCGAGGUUCAUUCCGGUGUUGGUGCCUCUGCUGAAGAGCAUCGACCCUGCGAUGCAGGAGAGCGCGGUGACGGCGCUUCUGAAUCUCUUGCUGGAGGAGGAGAACAAGAAGCCCAUCAUUAUCGCGGGGGCUAAGCAGAAUGCUGCCUGCGCACUGCUUAACCUAUCGAUGAUCGAGGAGAACCGAGGGACAAUCGGUGCCUGCGGGGCGAUUCUGUCGCUGGUGUCUCUGCUCGUGAGCGGUUCGAGCCGGGAAAAAAAGGAUUCCCUAACCACGCUGUACAAGCUGUGCUUAGUCCGGCUGAACAAGGAAAGGGCUAUCAGCGCCGGGGCGGUGCCUCCACUGGUGGGGUUGGUGGGGGAACGCAGUGGUGGCACAGCCGAGAAGGCGCUGGUGGUGCUAGGAAGCCUGGCUACGGUGCCGGAGGGUAAGGAUGCAGUGGCGGAAGCGGGAGGGAUCCCUGUGCUGGUCGAGGCAAUGGAAACCGGACCAACAGCUGGGGGAGAGUUCACCGUGCACGAGCUGCUGCAGCUCGCCGCCGAAAGUCCCCAUAUCCAAAGGCUUCUCUUGGGCGAAGGCGCAAUCCCACCAUUGGUUGAGCUUUCGCAGGCGGGCUCAUCGCGAGCUAAGCGCAAGGUCUGCCCAUGGCUUACUUUUUGUUCUUCUUUUCUCAAUUUUCUACUAACCACACAAUCAUCGGCUUGUUUCUUCAUGCAAUUCCUUCGUUGGCAGUGA